UUUUCUGCACUGACUUUGAUGAAACCUUCUCUUUCUGUUGGUGUCUUUGUCUGCAUCACCGGACGCCUUGAAUCUUCAUAUCUGAGACGAUAACAAUGGCGUCGCUUCUUACCACGGGGCUCGUACAACCGCACCAUCUCUCUUCGAGAAGCCACCGAAUCAAACUCUUAUCUCGCUCUACAGAUUCGCCAAUCACUCGGAAGCUUUCUAGAGAUCCCAGUCGAAACCUCAAAGUCGUAGACUACGCUCCCCUCAUCGAAUCCCUAAACCGGAGAAAACUACCCGAUCAAGCUCACCAGGUUUACAUCCAAAUGAAAUCACACAACCUGCUUCCUAACUACAGAACGCUCUCCGCUCUCAUGCUCUGCUUCGCUCGUAACGGCUCCGUCCCUCGAGCGCGCGCCAUCUGGGAGGAGAUUCUAAACAGCUCUUUCGUCCCCGAUCUCCUCACCAUCUCCAACCUCGUCUCCGCUCACGAGAAGAUCGGCCGUUUCGACGAAGUUUCGAAAAUCACCAGAGACGUAACCGCAAGGCAUCCCAAGCUCCUCCCCGCCGUAUCCUCCCUCGCUAUCACCUGUUUCGGAAAGAACGGUCAGUUGGAACUGAUGGAUGAGGCAUUAGAUGAAUUGGAUUCUAACGGAAUCUCCUUAGAUCCCGCCACCGCUAAGGCGGUUAUGAGAUGCUACAGUACGUUGGAGAAGAUGGAGCAGGCUUACGUCCGGGUUAAGAAGUCUGUUGGUGUGAUAGAGGAAAGAGAGAUAAGAGCUUUGUUGGUAGCAUACUUGAAGGAAAGGAAGUUUUAUCGUCUGCGUGAGUUUUGUUUCGACGUUGGUCUUGGGAGGAGAGAUCUUGAGGAUCUGUUAUGGAACUCGGUGUUGCUGUCGUACGCGGCGGACUUUAAGAUGAAGAGCCUGCAGAGAGAGUUCAUCAAGAUGCGAGGGGAAGGUUUCUCUCCCGACCUUACCACUUUCAACAUCCGUGCUCUCGCGUUUUCUAGGAUGGCGCUUUUCUGGGAUCUGCAUCUCACUCUCGAGCAUAUGAGGCGGUUGGAGAUUGUUCCGGAUCUUGUGACUUUUGGAUGUGUGGUCGAUGCGUACGUGGAUAGGAGGCUAGGGAGGAAUCUUGAGUUCGUGUACAACCGGAUGAACGUGGACGAUUCUCCUGUUGUUUUGACUGAUCCGCUUGUCUUUGGAGCGCUGGGGAAAGGAGAUUUCCAUCUUAGCUCGGAAGCUGUUUUGGAGUUCGGUCAUCGGAGAGAGUGGACGUAUAGAAAGCUGAUUGGAGUUUAUCUCAAAAAGAAGUUGCGGAGAGACCAGAUUUUCUGGAAUUACUAGCCACCUCUUUGCUGCAGUGUGGUAAAACUAGACUUUGUUAAAUGUUGUUGUAAUUAGCAUGUCUGUAAAGAAUACUUAUUGGUUACAAAGCUAAUCCUUGUUGCAA